AAUAUCCAUUUCCGGUUCGGCCCAUGACUUGAGGGCAUUAUAGUGAUCGGACGUCUUUAAACCCUAGGUUCCCACCACGCUGCGCGCUAUAAAUAUGACCCACGCGUUAACCCCUUCCGCUGUCGCCGACUCCUUCGGAGAUGUCGAAACGAGGACGAGGAGGCACCGCUGGUAACAAGUUCCGCAUGUCGCUGGGUCUUCCAGUGGCGGCGACGGUCAACUGUGCCGACAACACAGGGGCCAAGAACCUCUAUAUUAUAUCCGUCAAGGGGAUAAAGGGCCGGCUAAACCGGCUUCCGUCUGCUUGUGUCGGGGAUAUGGUGAUGGCUACCGUCAAGAAGGGUAAGCCGGACUUGAGGAAGAAGGUUAUGCCUGCUGUCAUUGUCAGGCAGCGGAAACCGUGGCGCAGAAAGGAUGGUGUCUACAUGUACUUUGAAGGGAGUUCCUCCAUUUGGAGGUGGUCUCAUAUUCCAUCGCCUGGAAGAGCAGCAUCGUUGCCGUUACCUCUUGGGACUGGCCAUGAGACAUACAUCUAGCUAAUGAGCUAAGAUCAAGGUGGUAGCUACACUGUGAAUCUUUAUCUAUGUUGACGUAGGAGAUUUUCUGGGUGAGAAUUUCCUCAACUUGAUGGAGCAAACCAAUUAUGUUUGUAAAUUCCUGAGUAAACGUCACAUACAAAGUCUUUGAAUGUUGAUGGUUCUUCCUGAAAAGGUAAACCUUUGUAGGGAGUUCCUCCAUUUGGAGGUGGUCUCAUAUUCCAUCGCCUGGAAGAGCAGCAUCGUUGCCGUUACCUCUUGGGACUGGCCAUGAGACAUACAUCUAGCUAAUGAGCUAAGAUCAAGGUGGUAGCUACACUGUGUAUCUUUAUAUAUGUUGACGUAGGAGAUUUUCUGGGUGAGAAUUUCCUCAACUUGAUGGAGCAAACCAAUUAUGUUUGUAAAUUCCUGAGUAAACGUCACAUACAAAGUCUUUGAAUGUUGAUGGUUCUUCCUGAAAAGGUAAACCUUUGUAGGGAGUUCCUCCAUUUGGAGGUGGUCUCAUAUUCCAUCGCCUGGAAGAGCAGCAUCGUUGCCAUUACCUCUUGGGACUGGCCAUGAGACAUACAUCUAGCUAAUGAGCUUAGAUCAUGGUGGUAGCUACACUGUGAAUCUUUAUCUAUGCUGAUGGAGGAGAUUUUCUGGGUGAGAAUUUCCUCAACAUGAUGGAGCAAACCAAUUAUGUUUGUAAAUUCCUGAGUAAACGUCACAUACAGAGUCUUUGGAUGUUGAUGGUUCUUCCUGAAAAGUUCAAAUCUUUGCAGGGAGUUCCUCCAUCUGGAGGUGGUCUCAUAUUCCAUCGCCUGGAGGAGCAGCAUCGCUGCCAUUACCUCUUGGGACUGGCCAUGAGACAUACAUAUUAGCUGUUGAGCUAAGAUAAAGGUGGUAGCUUACAAUGAACCUUCACAUUAAAGUUUAAAUAUAGGAAGAAUUGAUUCAGUGUUGAUUGAAGAGAUGUUUUGGAUAGGAAUCACCUGGAGCAGCAGCAUUGUUGCUGUUGCCUAUUGGGACUGGCCGUGAGUCACACCUGCUUGUGCACUAGGUUUAUGUUAGCCUUUUUGUUGUGAUAUGUCAGAAGUGUAAUAAUAUGUUAUUUUGUAAUCUGGAUCACAGUCGCACUCUCGGUUUAAGUAGUUUGAACUUUGGCCAUCAUCUGAUCCUUUGGAGUUGCUUCUGUUCUGGAAGAGUGGCUUCCACUGGAGUCAUUCUGUAGUGAGAAGCAUAUAUUUAAUUUGGCCAGUGUUAAACAGCAUGAUGUUAUAGAAUAGCAUUAUGUUACCUGUCUCCUGGUAAAUUACUCAUGCAUAGUGAAUUCACUUGGUUGGGAGGAAGAUGAUAAAAUUAGUGGGCUCUUAAUGUUCGUUAUAAUGUUUUUUUAACUCUGGUACUUACUCGCAUAGUUUUAUGUUAGUGCCACUUGGUGGAGUCAUGUUGGCUAUCCUUAUAUCGUAUUUAUUUGCUGCUUUGUAUAAUGCUGAAUUAUGGACUCAUAUUAAAAAAUUUGCCUUCUGUAGAUAAUGCUGGAGUUAUUGUGAAUCCAAAA